CUUGCGUUUACUAUUCACCCAUGGUGGCUCGCCAAUUUAUUGCUGAAACAGAGCGCCUCCCAGAUCAUGUCCAUGUGUUGCUCAUAACAACUGGCAGCGUAGCAUCUAUCAAAGCUCCUCUCAUCGUCUCAGCGCUUCUUCAAUACCAAAAUGUCAGAGUAGAAGUGGUCGCGACCAAAGAGUCGCUCGCAUUUUAUGACCCUGCAGAUGUCGUCAAUGCAGGCGCCCGCGUUUGGACCGAUGAGGACGAGUGGUCGGGGUCAUACAAGAUUGGAGAUCCGAUCCUGCAUAUCGAGUUGAGGAGGUGGGCUGAUAUUGUUCUUGUCGCUCCCUGCUCGGCGAAUACGCUCUCAAAGAUUGCACACGGACUCUGCGACAAUCUCGCGACCUCUCUGCUUCGUGCGCUGGCACCUACGACACCGACUUACGUAUUCCCGGCGAUGAAUACGCUCAUGUACGAGCAUCCGCUCACGGCAGAACAUUUACACGUCGUCCGGGAUGUCGUGGGCUACCAAGUUGUCGGGCCAAUCGGAAAAAAUCUUGCGUGUGGGGACGUUGGACUCGGUGCUAUGACGGAAUGGCGUGAUGUUGUGAAGAUAGUGGUGGAUCAAAUGAAACUCGUUCGCAAAGACAACAAAUCAUGAAACUGUAUUCUAUGUC